AUGAACUAUAUAUUAACUUCAAUACUUGCUCCUAUACUUCACAAUAAUGUAACAAGUACGCUUGAAGAUACACCCAGUCUAUUAGAAAUCAUAGAAUCCAACGAAAUUGAAGAUUUGUUUACACCUGCUGCAAGAUAUGCUGUAGCUCAAUUAACCAGUAGAUUUCCCAAUAAGUACACCUUUAAAAUUCAUAAUUCAUUUGAGGAAUGGUGGACAUUGUAUAAUUUAAUUAUUGGCUAUAAAUUUCUAAACAGUGGGGAUAAUGCCACUUUUAUUGAAAAAAAUUAUGGCCUACAAAGGUAUAAUACUGCCAAUACUACCGGUAAACUUACUUUACUGCAGAUUAUGGUCAUACUUUAUGAGAAAAAUAUUAGCCAAUAUUUGGUUAAUAAAUUGGACAGACUAUAUGCAUCUAUCUUAAAAAGAAAGUUUGAGACAAAAAUAAACCCUACUACUGGUGAAUAUGAGGUCGAUGACGAUUACACAUACACCUUGUUAGAAUCCCUUUUCAUUAAAUAUUGGCCUAUAUUCCAGAAACUUUGGAAAAUUCUAAACUUUGGUGUUAAAUUACUAUUUCUAAAGAAACUAACCAAAUCCACUACAUUAUUGGAUAAUCUGUUUUCUGUGGGAUUUAGAAGGUUUAUAGAAAAAGAAGAACCACACACUAAGAGUUCUAAUGACAAUAACCUUAUCCCCAUAAAUAAUAGAUUGACUCAUUAUUCGUUCUCGUCAAACAAAAUUUUAAAAUAUAUAAAAUCUGUUUUGUCUAAUGUCAAGAGUAAUAUAGGCAGUAGACUGUUUAUUAUUAUUAUCUACGCCAUCCAAGUGAUCCAACAUUAUAACUCCCAAGAUUUAUUAGGCACUAUAAAAAAAAAAUUGAACGACAUAGAUCGUUAUGUGCCUACCCCACUAGCAAUAUAUAAUAAUUCUCGUCAUUAUAAUGAUGAUUCCUCUCAUAUUUGUAGACUAUGCAAUUCCACGAUUACUAAUCCUGCAAUGUUAGAAACAGGAUAUGUGUUCUGUUAUCCAUGCAUUGUAGGGUACUUAAAUGAUACUGAUGGUGAUGAAAAGGAAGAACGGAAAAGGGAGAAAAAAUGUCCUGUUACCGGAAGGAUAUUGCUACAUAAUAUAGAAAAUAGUGUUCGUAAGUUAUUAAUAUAG